GGAGGCUCGGUCACCUACAGUAGGGCAGAUAAAAGCUGGGUCGUGCGGGGCAGCGAGGACCCCACGGCCCCACACACACCAGCAUGGCGACUCCAACUGAACAGACUGCGCCCCCCGAAGAGCUCAAGGCGAGCGUCUCGCACGACUCGGACGUCGAGGCCGCCCCCGCGCCCGAGGGGAUCAAGCAGCAGAACGCCGAGCUGUAUGCUGAGGCCCUGGUGAAGUACGGCGUCGAGGGGGAGCUGGACCCCAAGGCGGAGAAACGGCUCAAGCGCAAGCUUGACCGCCGUAUCCUUCCCGUGCUGGGCAUCUGCUACUUCUUCUACUAUGUGGACAAGACGACGCUGUCGUACGCUGCGAUCUUUGGCAUCAAGGACGACCUCAAGCUCAAGGGCACCGACUACAACUGGCUCUCGUCCAUCUUCUACUUCGGCUGGCUGGCAUGGGCGAUCCCGUCCAACCUGCUGAUGCAGCGCUCCCCGCCGGCGUACUACCUGGCGUUCAACAUCGGCAUGUGGGGCGUGUUCCUCAUGUGCCAGGCGGCCGUGAACAACUUUGCCGCGCUGGCGGCGCUGCGCGUGCUCGGCGGCGCGGUGGAGGCGAUCGCCGACCCGGCCUUCAUGCUCAUCACGUCCAUGUACUACACGCGCGCGGAGCAGCCCUCCCGCAUCUCAGCAUGGUACAUGUGGAACGGGGUCGGCGUCGCCGGCGGCGGCCUGAUCGGGUACGGCAUCGGGCAUAUCAAGAGCAGCAUCGCGUCCUGGCGCUUCGAGUUCAUCAUCGUCGGCGCAUUCUGUACCGCGUGGGCAUGCGUCCUCGCGUACAUCCUCCCCAACUCGCCGGCUACCUUCCGCGGCUUCAACCACGAGGAGAAGCUCAUGAUGAUCGCCCGUCUCGCCAAGGGGCAGACGGGUAUUGAGCAGCGCAAGAUCCGCUGGGACCAGAUCCGCGAGGCGUUCACAGACUACAAGACGUGGCUGUUUAUGUUGCUCGGGUUCAUCGCCAAUAUCCCCAACGGAGGCAUCUCAAACUUCUCGACGCUGGUCAUCAAGGGCCUCGGGUUCAACCAGCUCCACACGUCCCUCCUCGGCAUCCCGCAGGGAGUGCUCGUCGUCAUCUGGAUUGGUGCCGGCGCGCUCAUCAACGAACGUCUGCCCAAGAACUCGCGCACCAUCGUUUGCGCACUCUUCAUGCUGCCUACCAUUGCGGGUGCUCUGGGCUUCCUCCUCGCCCCGACCCACGCCUACGUCGGCCGCCUCAUCUGCUUCUACCUCACCGGCUCAUACCAGGCAUCCUUUGUGCUCUCGCUGUCCCUCAUCACCUCCAACACUGGCGGCCAGUCGAAGAAGAUGAUCGUCUCCGGCAUGAUCUGGUUCGGCGCGUGUAUCGGCAACAUUGCUGGCCCCUUCUUCUACAAGACCAACCAGGCACCAAAGUACAGCCUCGGCAUUGGCUCGCUCCUCGUCGCCAACAUCCUCGAGCUGCUCCUCUUCUUCGUGUUCCGCUUCGCCUUCAUUUGGGAGAACAAGAAGAAGGAGCGCCAGCGCGCGCAGUACCGCGCCGAGGGACGCGCACUCCCCACCGUCGCGGAGACGGCGUUCGCCAACAUGACUGACAAGGAGAACCCGAAGUGA